UCCAGAUCGAUUUGUCGCUGCCAUAAAAAAUUUCGUCUUAAAACAGGACGUUGUUGGGGUCAUGACCAGCCACUGAGUAUAAGAGGCCACGUGUCUCCUGGCGGUAGAAGCAGGAUAUCUCGUUCCAGACCUUUGUUCCAGAUACACAGAAGAAGAGAAAGAGGAGAAAAGGUUUCCAGGUCAUAACGACAAGGCUAAUUAGAGGUUCAGGCUACGGAGGCCUUGUUAGAGCUUGGACGUGACUCAGCAGGAGAGAGAAAGACCUGCACCUCAACAACAACAACAGGGAGAAAAUUUAUAAGUAAAAUACUCAACAUCAGGAACCAAGAUUAAUACUUUUCGAUUCCUGGAAUGAAAAAGUGAUCAGAGUUCUAGUUUUACACCGGAAGCCUAGUACUGAGGUGUUCAAAGUGCACUAUGUGAUCUAUCUCUUGAAAAGUAUAUGCAGUUAAAUGAUUGUUACAAGGUCUCAAAAACAUUUAACACUUCAAGUUACUUUUAAAGUGAUUUUCUUAACCAUCUCACUUAUAAAGUUUUGUGAUAACUAAAGUGUAAAAUAUCCAAAUCAAUAUUAGUCUUGCAACGGCCCCCCCCCCAAAAAAAAAAAAUUAAAAUAAAAACUGAUGCACUUAAUGUGUUAGUCAAGAUUAUGUAAUAUAACCCGUAAAUAAAUCCAGUUCCUCUUAACACGGAGUAACAGUGAAGGAAUCAUUAAAGUCAUUUUCAAGUCGUGGCAGAAGUAGAUGGCGAAGAAACUUGCCAGAAAUUAUUGAGAGAAAAGUUUUGGUGGGUGGUGUUUGUAGCACCUCAAGGCUGCCUGAGUGUGACCAGCCAACUCUCUCUCCCGUGAUGGUAGUUGGUAAAUAGUCGGGUAUUUAGUGAAAGAACUGAAACAUAUACUAGACUUUUAAACUGUUCUCUACACCAUUAAAACUUAAAGACUGAUGCCAAUUCCCACGUGAGAAUUUAACUAGUUGAUACAAAAGUGUACUUAAGCGUUAAUUAUGAUAAAGAAAAUACAAAACUUCGGUAUAUUUCGUAAGUGUUCGUGUGUAAAAGUGUACGAAAACUUAUCCAAGAAUCUAUUGAAGAAUUAUAAUCAAUAUGGUUAUAUAAUUAGUGGAGAAAACACGUAAAGAUUAUAGAUGUUUAUAUAUUACUGAAGAUAUAAUAAAGUUCAUAGUGUAGAGACAUGAAUACUACAAACUAGUGAAUAUGACCCGAAGAAAACAGAAAAAAAGUGUCGUUACCUGUAGUGUCGUGGAAGAAGACUUGAAUUAUGAGAAAAUGUCUUAAGCGGUGAAGAGUGAUGAUGGCAGGACUUACCUCAGGGGCUCUCCUCGUCACCACCGGACCAGCGCUCACCCUCACUGGUCCUUAUCUAUAUUUUUGGGUAAAAUCAUGAAUACUGAACAGAUUCCCAAUGAAGAGCAUCGCGGCUGUAAUUAGAGACCAUUGGCUUAAAAAUAAGAUGAGGGGUAAUGAGACGGCGUCGCCCACUGCCCUGACCUCUUUCCUGGAGGAGAGAGAGUCAAACAGCAGUGUGCCGAGGAUGGAUGGCGUGCAGUCUCAGAUGUUUGACAGCGGGGGGCAGGAGGACAUCAGCCUACCGUGGGGCAUCAUGUCAUCGGCGAGUAACAGCGUGGAGUGUGUUUGGUCCGGCUACGAUAGCAACCACACGGAUGACCUGACUAGUGAUAUAGCAUUCCAUUGUAACGAUAUGUUGGAGGAGGUGACCCCUAAUGUCUCCUGCUGGGUGACGAGUAUGAGAGACUGUAUCAGAAGUGACGAGAUGUUACUGCCAGACGAGGUGUCCAAUCACAUGUCCUCGGUAAACUCAGACUUGUUGAACACGACGUGGACUCAUACGUGUUUAUCUUGCUUUCGUGAGAACUCCACCUCCAGCUUCUGGGCGCUCAGAUUAAACACGAGUGAGAGGUUCUUUUCUUCCUUCUUGUCCUACGGUAGCGAACUCCUAUGCUCCUUCGGGUCAUGUUCAUCCACCCUAUGUGAUAACCUGACAAUCAGUCCCUCAUCCACAUCCACCUCUUCCUCAUCCUCCUCUCAAACCUCAUCCAACACAUCGUUACCUAUCCUACCCGUGCCAUCCUUACAGCCUUCGUCAGGGCCUUCGUUGACUCUCCACCUCAUGCAGUGUAGGAUUCCAGAGGCGUUCCAGUUCGACGGUCACUUGUCGUUUAACCUCACCCAGAACGACGAUCUCUUCCUCAACACUACUGCAGGAGGCGACGACGAGGAGUACGAGUAUGACUUCUCCUUCCUCUUCCUGGCCAUGUUCAUCCUGGCUGGAGGCAUUGGCAACAUCCUCGUCUGUCUGGCGAUCUGCCUGGAGCGUCGACUGCACAACGUCACCAAUUACUUCCUCAUGUCACUGGCCGUGGCUGACCUGCUCGUCUCUCUCGUGGUCAUGCCUUUUGGGGCCAUCGCUGGCUUCCUCGCGACAAACUUCUACUUCCGUACAGCUUCACGCCUCAACCACGAUGAUCCUGGUACUGCCACCUAA